AUAAAGCUAAUCUAAAAAUAUCAUUGGCUAUAUUGAUAUAUCGAAAUAAUUUACAAGAAAAGUUAACCUUAAAGCUUCUGGUUUUUGGUGUAAAAUGGGUGAGUAACAUAAGAUGAAGAUUGUAAUCCAUAGCAUGAAUUAUUUAAUUGCGACAUGAAAUUAAUUUGUUUAAAUUGAAGAAAUGGAUCAAACUCCUUACGAUCUUAGUUCAAGAAUUUUAGUAUACCAAGAAAAGUUUGACUUAAUAUUCGAAAAUAUCAUCAAGGAACUGGUUGAAGUUGAUGCACAAAAUCCACAAAUUACAGAGGCAGCACAUUCUCUUCGUGAUGCAUUAAGUUAUAACGCUUUUGACGGGAAAAAGUCACGAGGGAUGAUGGUGAUAUGCUCUUUGGACUUUCUCAAAAACGGUAACGUUACAAAUUCUGAAGUUGAUAAAGCGCUUUGUCUGGGGUGGUGUGUUGAAAUUCUUCAAGCUGUUUUUCUUGUUGCUGACGACAUUAUGGAUCGCUCAGAAAUUCGUCGUGGAAAACCUUGUUGGUAUAAAAAAUGUGGACUAAGAGCAAUUAAUGACACUUACCUAAUGGAGCAAUGUAUCUAUGCAUUAAUUGACAAACAUUUUAUGAACGAACCAUAUUUAGUGGAUUUAUAUAAAUCUUUUCAUAGAAUAACAUAUUUAACUGCUAUGGGUCAAGAACUUGAUAUGCUUGCUUCAGAACCAAACGGAAAUUUUACUAUUCGCAAUUUCACUGAAGAUAAAUACAAAUCUAUUGUCAAGUAUAAGACGGCUUAUUACUCAUUUUACCUUCCUGUUUCUUUGGGUAUGAUUCUUGCCAAUAUAAAAGAUAUGAAAUUGUAUGCAGAAGUAGAAAAUAUUUUAAUGAAAUUAGGUGAGCUUUUUCAAAUUCAAGACGACUAUUUGGAUUGCUAUGGUGAUCCAGCGAAGAUCGGAAAGGUUGGGCGGGAUAUUGAAGAUGGCAAAUGUUCCUGGUUAAUAGUGCAGGCUCUGAGACUUGCUUCCACCGAAGAGUUAUUACUUUUAGAGUCUAAUUAUGGAAAUGAAAACCCAACCUGUGUAAAAAUCGUAAAAGAUUUAUAUGUAAAUUUGGGUUUGAAAGAAAUUUUUAAAAAAUUUGAGGAAGAAUGUUACACCGAGUUGUUAACGUUAAUUAAUAAAUAUGAAAAUGAUUUUCCUAAAGGUUUGUUUUUAAUAUUACUUCAAAAGAUUUACAAACGUGAUAAAUAAUAUCUUUAGUUAUAGAAUUAGAAUCAUCAUUUAAAAAUGAAUAAAUUUACUCAAUAU